GGCUCUUGUCAAGUUUUGUCAGUAAACUUUAAAUAUGGCUGAAGACAGAAAUCGAAAUUCAUCAAAUUAUUAAACGGAAUUCUGCAAAUAUAGGUGAUAUGUAAAUAUAUGUGUUACUGGUAGUAGCUGUAAAUAUUAGGUUGUAACAGUACUGUGAUAUUUGUGAUGGCUGAUGAGAGUUCAGAGCAAGAACUUCGAAAAAAUCUACAUAUAAUCCAAUCUAUGAUUGAUGUAUCUGCUGAACGUUUAGAAGGACUAAGAACACAAUGUGCUACCAGCGCAGAAUUAACUCAACAAGAAAUUCGAACACUGGAGGGAAAGCUCAUAAAAAUGUUCGCCGAUCAACUAGUAACUAAACUGAAGCUGAAAAAUGGAUGUGAUGAACAUAUUCCAUCCAUAAGGCAGUGGCUACAUGUUGUAGGUUUGGGAGAAAACAGAAUUCUAGGACUAUGUCAAAAGAUAACAUCAGUGGAGGAACUUCAAGAAAAGUCUGAACACGAGUUGAAGUCUAUCUUGAAUGAAAAUGGGGCCAAGCCAGAGGAAUUAAAUAGAUUAUGUAGAGCUUUACAUAACUUGAAAAGAUAUACAGAUGUAUUGAAGAGAGGGGAUAAGGAUAAUUCAGAUAUGCUUUUGUAUUGGGACUCUUGGGACCGUCAUCACCAACUCAAAGGAGGCCUCUCCCCACGACCAGCUCGCUCAAGAGCUGCAAGAGCUUCUGUACCUUCAGAAGACAGCCUAAUUUUGAAUAACAAUAAUAACAGGGGAGGUGCGAAUAUCCCCCCAUCCUCUUCAGUGUCUAGCAUCAACUCUUUGAAUGCUCAGUGUGUGCUUGGCCCUCCUCUUACUCCCCCUGGCCAAGGCAAGGGGAAAGGUAUGAAAUUUCCCACCACACCACCUGCGAGGAGAAAACAUCUGACAGGUAAUGCUGCACCAACUCUCAUUCCAGAUUACCCACUUACAAAAAGUAAGUCGCACGAAUCACAAUUGGCUGCAACAAAAGGAGAGACUGAAACAAACCCCCCUAAUGGAACAGAAACUUUACGUAGAAGAGGAAGGUUACCCACAGAACCAGGACCAGAAACUGUGGGUUUUACCAGUCCUAUUCCCACCAGUCCCAUCAAAUCACCCCCUUAUAAUAACGCUGGAGCUGACAGUGAUGAUAAUAGUUAUAAAUCUAUAAGUUUACAAGUACCAAAAUCACCACGAACUCCCACAGUGGUGGGUAGAAUAAUGACUCACCAAAUCAAUCAUAGAUUCACUAAAACUUUCAAAAUGAUGUCAUCUUGUGGAUAUUGUCAAAAGCCAAUUUAUUUUGGCACCGGGCUGAAAUGUAAAGAGUGCAAAUAUACUUGUCAUAGAGAAUGUGAAGAUAAAGUUACUCCGUCUUGUGGUUUACCGCCAGAACUGUUGAACGAGUUCAAGAAAAACUUCACCAUGGAAGGAGGAAAUGUGUUUGUUUCCCCAACCACUGGGAGAGCCAGUAAUACGAAAAAUAUUAUAAAUUCUCUCACAAGGAACAGACCCAGGAAAAAUUCACAUCCACAGGCAUCAAUAAAUACUCCACCAUUCCCACCUCCUGACUCGAGCUCAAAUACAUCUAGCUGUAACAGUUCAACACCAUCAAGUCCUGCAGUUCAAAUCUUAACUACACCACAUUCUAGUCACAAACCAACAUUUCAUUUUCCAGGUAACGUUACCCACAGCGAAAUAAAAGAAGUAACUUUAGAAACACAUCCGCUACCUGCUACAUCCACCUUCAACCAUGACCUCACAAAUUCGCAACAGUCCAGAGAUAAUGACAGAACAGCAUCACAAACAUCUGAAAGUACUAGUACUGACUCGGACCGAACCCCAGUAAGAGUUGACUCACAAGAUAGCCAAGUUUCUGAUAGUGAAACGAUAACAGAUGGGCAUAGAUGGCCCCGACAAAAUAGUCUCUCCAUGAGAGAAUGGGACAUUCCGUGGCAUGAACUGAAAAUGAGUGAAGUAAUAGGUACUGGAAGGUUCGGAACAGUCUACAGGGGCCAGUGGCAUGGUGACGUGGCCGUUAAAGUCCUCAAUGUGAAUUACUUGAAAGACGAAAAAACUCUCGAACAGUUCAAAACUGAAGUGUCAACCUUUCGAAAAACGAGACAUGAAAAUUUGAUUUUAUUUAUGGGAGCUUGCAUGAAACCACCUAAACUAGCUAUAGUAACAAGUUUAAGUAAAGGAAUGACUUUGUUCACAUACAUACAUCUCAGAAAAGAUAAGUUCAAUAUGAAUAAAACGACAAAUGUUGCGCAACAAAUAUCUCAGGGUAUGGGUUACCUACAUGCAAAGGGCAUCAUACAUAAAGAUCUGAAGAGUAAAAAUAUUUUUGUAGAAAAUGGCAAAGUUGUCAUCACAGACUUCGGACUCUUCAGUGUUACAAAGUUGUGUUUCGGGAACCGGAAAUCCGACAGUUUAGGUAUACCUCCUGGCUGGUUAUGUUACCUUGCCCCAGAAAUAAUGAGGAGUUUGCAUGCUCAUCAGCCGCAUGAUGAGGAGCUACCAUUCAGCAAAGCUUCAGAUGUAUAUGCUUUCGGCACCGUGUGGUAUGAACUAUUGUGUGGAGAAUGGCCCUUCAAAGGACAACCACCCCAAGCUGUUAUAUGGCAGGUUGGGAAGGGAAUGAAGCAACCUCUAGCCAAUCUUCAAGCAUCUAGAGACGUGAAGGAUAUUCUCAUGCUGUGCUGGUCAUUCCGCCCUGGAGACAGGCCCGAUUUUAUAAGGCUACUAAACAUUUUAGAUAAGUUGCCGAAAAAACGGCUAGCACGAAGUCCAUCUCAUCCAAUUCAUCUGUCUAAAUCUGCAGAAUCUGUUUUUUGAACUUUUUAAAUGUGUUGAAAAGUUUAUGUUCCAUUUUUGUAGAAGUAUCAAAAUUGUGAAUAGUACAAAAGUUUCUGAACUGUUAUGUUCAAUAGGUUAGCUGUUACAUAUGAUGUUCUGUUAAUUUUACAAUCGAAUUUCUCAAUGAAAAUUUUUAUUUUAUUGAUCGCUAGUCCGAAUAUUUGAAAAUAUGACUGAAAAAAAUAGUAUUUAUCAACAAUCAAAGUGGCCAGAUAGCAUUUCAGUUUUGCUUAAACUGAUAGGUUAGGAAAACGUCAAGUUUCAUUCCUUCAAUUAUUGUAUUAUAAAUAUCAAUUUUAUGGAAAAGAAAAGUUUUGGCUUUCUUCUUCUCUAUCUUUAUACAAUAAAUGUGUGAAAAAUCAAAAUGUGUCGAUCAUGCAUAGAAAUUACUUUCAGGUACAAACUGGAAGAAAAAGCCCUCUCGGAACAACUACUCUCAUAUAAACAUUGAAUUACAUGAAAGAAAAAAUACUUUUGAAACAACUGCAAUGAAUAUUGAAUCGUACAAAAAAAUUAUUUAUAUGUUUCCAUGUUUCUUUUAUAUAAUUAUUUUACUUGAAGAAAUGGUAUUUUGCAGGAAAAAGUUUCAUUAGAAUGUCUGUCAACAAUGAGAAUUAUUAAUUCCAUUUCAAAGAAGUGAUCUUUAACUUCAUAAAAUAAAAAUUGUUGAAACCUUGAUUAAUGAAUAUUUUUGGUAAUAAAGAAUAGAUAAUGAAGAAUAGGUUCAGUUCAUUGGAGGCAAAAGUAUACUACCUUUAAGAAAGCAAAUUAGGCUUGCCCAGUUGAGAGCUGCCAGUAUUUCAUUUCGUAAACAUUGAUAAAAUUAUAAUGAUUUCAACUAGGGAAGUUAUGCUUUGUUUGUUGAUUUAUUUUUAUGCGCCCAAUAAACCAAUCCUUAGUUUUGAUUUUGUUAAAUAUCACACUAUUUUCCACAAUAACCUUGACAUCAUUUUCAUGCAUGCAAGUUAUAUCUACGCAAACUGAUUUCAUUCUGAAAAUGUCCUUGAAAAUGUUAUUGAAAGGCAUAAGCCAAAAAUUAAUGAUAAGUGACAUAAAUUAUUUGAGAUACAGUUCUGGAUUCCUUGAACCCAGGUUGUUUCUUUUGUUUUAUAUUGACAGAUUCAUAACAAAUUGAUCAGUGUAAUUUAAUUUAUUAUAUUAUAUGGACAGAUUCGUGACAUAUUGAUCAGUGUACUUUUAUUUGUUUUAUUGAUUAACAAUGAAUCCAAGCAAACCCAAAUUUUACUUUACCUUUUAAUAAUCACACAUGAAUUGAAAUUUCUUAGUUCAAGGUUCAAUUUUUUUUCCUAUGAGCAAUAUUGCUUUACUUAUGAAAUCACUUGAACUAGAAACUCUAGUAUUUUUUUUUAAUUCCAGA